GACAGAGGAGAGGCGGGGCCAGAAGAAUCCCACCAACGGGAAUCAGAGCUGGACAAUUUGGAGGCGGGCCUGGAGGACCAGGAUGAGGAGGGAUUGGAGGAUGGUUUGGCCACUCCUCCUCUUACCCUGCCCCCAUCCAGGAUGUCUCGCCUGAGGAUGAGCUCAUAUAGGGUAAAUCUUAUUCAUCUGCAUACAUAACUUGAAUUUCUGCACUAAUCACAUCUAUUGAGUUACUAGUGAUGGGAAAACAAGGCUUUCUGAAGGCUUCAGCGCUUUUACCAAAUUGUGCCGAAAAACUGUUCAUUACUCUGAGCUUCAUUAUCUGUUCACAAUGCACAUUCGUGACAUCUGCUGGUCAACAAUAAAUACAUUUACAUUUACAUUUACGUCAUUUAGCAGACGCUUUUUCCCCAAGCGUUUAACCCAAAUGGGGUGAAAUUAAAACCUUAAAAACCCCGUGGGAUAACCAUUUUAAAAUUUUUAUUUUUUUUUGGGGGGGGGGGGGGGGGGUGGGGGGGGGUUUGGGGGGGGGGGUAAAAGGGUUUCUUUACCCUAUCCCAGGUAUUCCUUAAAGAGGGGGGGUUUUCCCAAAUUCCCCCGGGAAGGUGGUGAGUGACUCCGCGGGUCCUGGGCGUCGUGAGGGAGCUUUUUCCACCUUGGGGUCCAGAGCGCGACAGUUUUGACUGGUUUUAGGGGGAACUAGCUUCCGCGGGUUUAGGGGAGCCAGCAGGCCAAGGUGGAUGAACGCAAUGCCCUCGUUUGGGUGUGGGGACUGAUCAGAGCCUGAAGGUACGGGGGUCCCCUUUUCCCCUCACACCCGUGGGCCCAACCCCCCAGGCCCUUGGGUACCCGAUCAUUUUUAAACGGGAAGCCAGUGGAGUUUUUCCGGGAGGGGGGUUACGUGAGAGAACUUGGGAAGGUUGAACACCAGACGGGCUGCGGCAUUCUGGAUGAGUUGUAGGGGUUUAAUGGCACAGGCAGGGAGCCCAGCCAACAGCGAGUUGCAGUAAUCCAGACGGGAGAUGACAAGUGCCUGGAUUAGGACCUGUGCCGCUUCCUGUGUAAGGCAGGGUCGUACUCUCCGAAUGUUGUAGAGCAUGAACCUACAAGAUCGGGUCACCGCCUUGAUGUUAGCGGAGAACAACAGGGUGUUGUCCAGGGUCACGCCAAGGCUCUUCGCACUCUGGGAGUAGGACACAACGGAGUUGUCAACCGUGAUGGCGAGAUCACGGAACAGGCAGUCCUUCCCCGGGAGGAAGAGCAGCUCCGUCUUGCCAAGGUUCAGCUUGAGGUGGUGAUCCGUCAUCCAUACUGAUAUGUCUGCCAGACAUGCAGAGAUGCGAUUCGCCACCUGGUUAACAGAAGGGGGAAAGGAGAAGAUUAGUUGUGUGUCAUCAGCGUAGCAAUGAUAGGAGAGGCCAUGUGAGGAUAUGACAGAGCCAAGUGACUUGGUGUAUAGCGAGAAUAGGAGAGGGCCUAGAACUGAGCCCUGGGGGACACCAGUGGUGAGAGCACGUGGUGCGGAGACAGGUUCUCGCCACGCCACUUGGUAGGAGCGACUGGUCAGGUAGGACGCAAUCCAAGAGUGAGCCGCGCCGGAGAUGCCCAGCUCGGAGAGGGUGGAGAGGAGGAUCUGAUGGUUCACAGUAUCAAAGGCAGCAGACAGGUCUAGAAGGACAAGAGCAGAGGAGAGAGAGUUAGCUUUAGCAGUGCGGAGAGCCUCCGUGACACAGAGAAGAGCAGUCUCAGUUGAAUGACCAGUCUUGAAACCUGACUGGUUUGGAUCAAGAAGGUCAUUCUGAGAGAGAUAGCAAGAGAGUUGGCUAGAGACGGCACGCUCAAUAGUUUUGGAGAGAAAAGAGAGAAGGGAUACUGGUCUGUAGUUGUUGACAUCAGAGGGAUUGAGUGUUGGUUUUUUGAGAAGGGGUGCAACUCUCGCUCUCUUGAAGACGGAAGGGACAUAGCCAGUGGUCAAGGAUGAGUUGAUCAGCGAGGUGAGGUAAGGGAGAAGGUCACCGGAGAUGGUCUGGAGAAGAGAGGAGGGGAUAGGGUCAAGCGGGCAGGUUGUUGGGCGGCCGGCCGUCACAAGUCGCAAGAUUUCAUCUGGAGAGAGAGGGGAGAAAGAGGUCAAAGCAUAGGGUAGGGCAGUGUGAGCAGGACCAGCAGUGUCAUUUGACUUAACAAACGAGGAUCGGAUGUCGUCAACCUUCUUUUCAAAAUGGUUGACGAAGUCAUCCACAGAGAGGGAGGAUGGGGUGGGGGGGGGAUUCAGCAGGGAGGAGAAUGUGGCAAAGAGCUUCCUAGGGUUAGAGGCAGAUGCUUGGAAUUUAGAGUGGUAGAAAGUGGCCUUAGCAGCAGAAACAGAUGAAGAAAAUGUAGAGAGGAGGGAGUGAAAAGAUGACAGGUCCGCAGGAAGUUUAGUUUUCUUCCAUUUCCGCUCAGCUGCCCGGAGCUCUGUUCUGUGAGCUCGCAAUGAGUCAUCAAGCCACGGAGCUGGAGGAGUGGACCGAGCCGGCCGGGAGGAUAGGGGACAUAGAGAGUCAAAAGAUGCAGAAAGGGAGGAGGGUUGAGGAGGCAGAAUCAGGAGAUUGGAGGGAGAAGGAUUUGAGCAGAGGGAAGAGAUGAUAGGAUGGAAGAGGAGAGAGUAGCGGGAGAGAGAGAGCGAAGGUUGCGACGGCGCAUUACCAUCUGUGUAGGGGCAGAGUGAGUAGUGUUGGAGGAGAGGGAGAGAGAAAAGGAUACAAAGUAGUGGUCGGAGACUUGGAGGGGAGUUGCAGUGAGAUUAGUAGAACAACAGCAUCUAGUAAAGAUGAGGUCAAGCGUAUUGCCUGCCUUGUGAGUAGGGGGGGACGGUGAGAGGGUGAGGUCAAAAGAGGAGAGGAGUGGAAAGAAGGAGGCAGAGAGAAAUGAGUCAAAUGUAGACGUAGGGAGGUUGAAAUCCCCCAGAACUGUGAGGGGUGAGCCAUCCUCAGGAAAGGAACUUAUCAAGGCGUCAAGCUCAUUGAUGAACUCUCAGAGGGAACCUGGAGGGCGAUAGAUGACAAGGAUAUUAAGCUUAAAUGGGCUAGUGACUGUGACAGCAUGGAAUUCAAAUGAGGAGAUAGACAGAUGGGUCAGGGGAAAAAUUUAGAAUGUCCACUUGGGAGAGAUGAGGAUUCCUGUGCCACCACCCCGCUGACCAGAUCCUCUCGGGGUAUGCGAGAACACAUGGUCAGACGAGGAGAGAGCAGCAGGAGUAGCAGUGUUUUCAGUGGUAAUCCAUGUUUCCGUCAGCGCCAAGAAGUCGAGGGACUGGAGGGUAGCAUAGGCUGAGAUGAACUCUGCCUUGUUGGCAGCAGAACGGCAGUUCCAGAGGCUGCCUGAGACCUGGAACUCCACGUGGGAGGUGCGUGCAGGGACCACCAGGUUAGAGAGGCAGCAGCCACGCGGUGUGAGGCGUUUGUGCAGCCUGUGCGGAGAGGAGAGAACAGGGAUAGGCAGAGGCAUAGUUGACAGGCUGCAGCAGAUGGCUACAAUAAUGCAGAGGAGAUCGGAAUGAAAUGAACUAAACAUCUGGGAAAGGAGAGAGCGGGGCCUCCCUCACCACAACCCCCAAAUAUAACUCUCCCAACAUCCACCUCAGAAACUAUAAUUGUUGUAAACUACAGCGGUUCAAUGUUUCUAGGAAUAGACUAACUUAGUUUAUUCAGCUAGCUAACUAGGUGCAGUAUUAUUCCGUGAAAAUCAUCCAGGCACCUCGUCAUAAGACGCCACAGCCAGCUAGCAUGCCGGCCACAACAAACCACCAGUGUAUCAACACGCAAGCAGAUCGUUCGUGUCCGUGUCUAACGUUGUGGGUUAGUCCCGACAGCUUGAGCGAGUCCGUCGUCAACUUAUUCAGCCAGUUAGUUAGCUAGAAUAGUUAGCAAACUAGCUAGCCAUUGCUUUCAGACAAAGAAGAACCCCUCCUUUCACGGCACGAACACACAGAGAGAGCCAAACUAACGUUAACUAGUCACCCAUGUCACGAAUUCCUUGAACGACUCGGGCUAUCAAUAUGUAAAAAAACAAAACACAAAUGUAGGUUAUGACUUACCCCUAGCAGCUACUGUUAGCUAGCCAAGUGCAAAGCUAGCCACUGAAUUGACUCAGCCAGUUCGCGUCUGUUUGCUUGGUCGUUCCAGCUAUUGUUUACUAGUAGCUAUCCAGGUAGCAACAAGCUAGCUAAAUUUCAAGCACAGUAGCCACUUGCUACCUAACGUUAACGGUUCAGACAAUGAGGUUAGAAAACAGCUGAAUGGUAGGCAAUUAUUGUAUGUAAUUAUUGUAGGCAGCCAGCUGGCGUAAUUACAGGCACUCUCAGGCGUGAAACAACUAUACCGUUGCUAAUAGCUACUCGCCAGCUAGUCCAGGUGGUGGGUUAGCUAGCUAGCUUCGUGCUACACCCGGCACAGCCGAAUACAAUACUAACCUACAAUAAUUACAUACAACAACCCACGAUAACUACCUACAAUACCUAACUACAAUCUAAAUACAUAGUUUAAGCCUUACUCGACAAAGCCCAAGCUAUGUAUAAAGCCAAGCUUACCCGACGCCAAGCUUACCCGACGACCUCCUCCUUCGACGACCUCCUAUAUACCUAAAAUGAAUCCGAUAAGGAUCCAAAAGAACAGUGUGUGAUUAUCAGAUAGACGUUUUCUUUCUCCACUGUUUGUAUCAAAACUCUGUGGCACAGCGGUAAGUCGUUGACUUUAGGAGCCUAUGAUCAGGUGGAAUACCAGGUUCUCACCUUUUUUGCCUUCAAGUUUACAAUUUUUCAAAAACUGAAUUUAUGGAAUUAUUUAGGAUGCUUAAGACAGAAGCUUAUACUAUACGAAAUAAAGCAAAUUAUUUGAACAACAGUGCAGAAAGUGUGGUUUCACAUAAAAAUAUAAAUAAAUUGUGUGCCUUCAACGGGAUUCUACCUCACCCUCACGUCCUUGAAUGUUCCAUAGUUCCUGUACUCUACCCUCUAAGCCUCACCCUCACGACCUUGAAUGUUCCAUAGUUCCUGUACUCUACCCUCUAAGCUACGUACUCUGCCCUCUAAUCUACCGGUGAGGUGAAACUUUUUGUAGCCUUUUUUGUCUUCUACCGAAACCAAUACCAAACCAAUCAGGUGGUUGUUUGACGAAACAAAGCUUCCGACGUCAUUGAUCACGUGCUUCUGAUAAAGCGAUACAAGCAUCGGCACACUGCUUCGGAAAAAAAACUGCUUAGCGAUUUUGACACAUGCCUCGGAGCUCCGGUAUCAAACAUAAAAAACACUAUGAGUUACACACUCCAAUAUCAAGUUGUAAAAGGUCAGUGUGAACUUUAACCUCUCUCUCUCUCUCUCUCUCUCUCUCUCUCUCUCUUUGACCUCUCAGAGUGCCAGUGCCACCUUUCAGGCCAGACCAGUAGGGUACCUUCCCAUGACCCCCAGCUCUGCAGAGGUCAGACACCACAACACAUCACACAUCACAGAUAAGGAGAUCUUGAUAUUAGGGCCGUAAUUUCCCCAUGCGAAUAGCCAGAAACAACUGGCACUAACACAUCACACCAAAGUACAAGAGGUCUUGGCCUUAUUUAACUGAGAGCAAUAAGUAUUAUGACUCCACUUUGCCAAAUGGCUUCACUUAAAUCAGUAUUAUGACUAAACGUUGCCAAGAGGAAAUUACUGUUUCAGGAAACUCAGACACAUAAAUAUGUUGUAUCGGAUUCAAGUCUCAUCCCGAUUCGUGAUGAUGAUGAUGGUCUAUGAAUGACGAUGAUGACUAUUAAUUUUGCACUUAUAACAUAUUCUUGAAACUCAAAGGUAUUUUCACUGUAUCCUUCUUUCAGCUGUUCUCCCAGCAGUCUUGUCUGAACUCAGCGAAGACACUGUCACAGGUGUCAGAGGGAAGAGGGAGUGGCCUGGACGUUGAGCUGACCGAGGGAGUGUCACUGAGCAGCAGCUUGCGCAGGCAGCAGCCCAGAGCUGGCAGGGACAGUGGCAGUAGUACCCACCACACCUCCACCACCAUGGUGCAUAGGAGCCAAUCUGCAGUCUCACACUCCAACAGGCUUGAGCAAGAGGAAGAUCACUAUGGAUACGUGCUGCCUGGAGUGUCUGACACUCCAGAGAGAGGUGACUCCUUGAUGUGCAGGCAACAUACCACAUUAAUUUUACGUUUACAUUUUAGUCAUUUAGCAGACGCUCUUAUCCAGAGCGACUUACAGUUAGUGAGUGCAUACAUGUUUUCAUACUGGCCCCCCAUGGGAAUCGAACCCACAACCCUAGCAUUGCAAACACCAUGCUCUACCAACUGAGCUACACGGGAAUGUGAUCACUGUUAAAAAAAAUUCAUCUGUGUUGAUGGAGUGAUAGAAUUCUUAGUUCUAUUCUCUAAUAUCGCUUUCCUCCUUUAUGUGGCAGAUUCUCUGCUGUCUCGCCCAGCCUCCAGAAACUCUUGCCCAAGUGGAACAUCUCUCAGGGGCUCUAGGAGCUCCAGAAAUGUGCUGUCACCGUUAGCAACUGUCCCAGAUCCCACCGCGGACUAUGAACUGAUGACCAAACAGCCAGCCCCAUUGCCCCGCUCCCCCAGAGCCACCUCUGUACAGAUAGAAGGGCCUUCAUCAGUGGAAUGGAGGAAACAGUCCUCACCUCUGCCCUCCCCAACCUACAAUACAGCACCCUCGCCACUAGAGGGCAACAACACAGUGCAUGGGGCCUCACAGGAGUCAUCGUCAGGCACUGCAGCCACUCCUGGGGGAAGCCAGGGUUCAACAGAGGCCUCUGAUAGUGCUGUGGCUAGAGUAGCAGAGGGAGACAAGCUGCAGCUGCUGGUUGAGAGGCCUUACAGUGGAUCUGUUUUGUCUGACAGUGGAGGGGCCACUCAGGGGAGGCCAGAGCAGGCAGCUGUAGUGGAGUAUGAAUACAUGGAUAUCCGGCGCACCACAAACACCACAGAUACAGAGAGACCCAUCUGGGAGAGGCGUGAGAGCCGAGCAGCUGACUUGAGGAGGACAGAGGCAGAAGAACGAGAGAGAGAAGAAGGAACGAGUAAGGAGGUAGAGGAGAAGGAAAGAAAGGAAGACGAGGAUGGGGAGGAAGUUUACCAGUACACUAACAAGCAGCCCAGACUCCUCCGAGAGAGCAGCAAAGUGGCAGGGCCCAGCCCCAAGCCCAGCCUCCUCCCCAAGCCCAGCCUUAGCCCCAAAACCAGCCUUAGCCCCAAACCCAGCCUCAGCCCCAAGUCAAGGCCCAAACCCAGCCACAGCCCCAAACCUAGCCUCAGCCCCAGCCCCAAUCCCAACCCCAGGCCAGAUGGUUUCACAGCAGUGGUAGACAGCCAGGUGGAGGUGGAGGAGUAUGAGGAUAUGGAUGCCUUUGGAGGGGGCUCCAGGGGCUCCCAGCGAGGGGACCACCAGGAGGCAGAGUACCAAAACCUCCCAGUCCCAGGGAAGGGGAGGGCCACCACAGCUGAGGAGGGGGGUGCUGGUAGCAGGUGUGCCGGACUAGGGUUGGGGGGGUACAUCAAAGUGUGCUCCGGUGUGGGAGUGGGAGAGCCGAGCAGCAACACAUCGUUUGACAACCCUAACUAUUGGCACAGCAGACUGUUCCUCAAGUCAGAUGCUGUGCGCACAUAA